GUGAAAGAAGAUUUCAUUGAGAAUUCCAUUUUUAUCUAUGGGAUUUAUUCAGGAACAGAGAGAGCUUUAUGAUGAUGAUCGUUGCUUUAUAGCAUUAUUAUGGUAGGCAACAACUUUCCUCGACUCGACUUUCCCCAAACUUUUUUUCCAGUGUGCAAUCAAUCAGGUAGCAAUCGACUUCGACUCUAUUGUCAAGGGGUGGGGCUCAUUCAAUAAUCAAACUGCCUACAAUAAUUGUUACUAUUUCUGUUACUACUUAUUGAAAUUUUAGUAUCUUUGUUUUUCCUACUCUUUUUUAUUACAAUUAAUUUUGCAAGCAUAUUGUUCUUAAAAUCAUGCGAUGCAGCUCAAAAGUGAUUUCCUUAUUAUUUACGUUUUUGGAUUGGCCACAAUGGGUCUGGUGAUGGGCAUCACCUGUGUGGUGAUUCCCCGAUUGUGGUUCUUUCUGGAGAGGACUUAUAGGGUUUUCAUGGAGUACACUCCCAUCAUUUACCAAAGUGAGGAUCGCCUGUCGUCCGUUUCCAAAAGCCGACUGAGUCUAGUGGCCAGGAAAACACUUGUCCUGGACAUGGAUAACACCAUGAUCACGUCGUGGUUUAUAAAGAGGGGCAAGAAACCGGAGAAUAAACCGAGAAUUGCGCACGACUUUAAGUUCUACUUGGGGGCCUAUGAAGCCACCAUCUAUGUCUACAAGCGCCCCUAUUUGGAUCACUUCCUCGAUCGCGUAUCCAAGUGGUACGACCUGACUGUCUUCACAUCCGGAGCCGAGAUAUAUGCCUCUCCGAUUCUCGACUUCCUGGACGGGGGACGGGGCAUCCUGAAGAGUCGCCUCUACCGGCAGCAUUGCGUGGAAAAGUUUGGAGUGUGGUCCAAGUCCGUACUGCAAGCCUGCCCGGAUUUGUCCAAUGUUGUGCUGCUGGACAACUCCAGCAAGGAGUGCAGUUUAAAUGCGGGAAACUCCAUUCUCAUCAAGUCCUAUGAAGUCGGCAGUCGCGACCAGGCCCUCAUCAACUUGUUACCUUUUCUGGACGCCCUGCGAUUCCUGAAGGAUGUGCGACCGAUGCUCGAACGUUGCACUCGUUUCAAAAGUUUUGCUCAGUAAGAUGAAGUUGGUUGUUUGUUUUUUUUUAGGUUCUAUUCAAUCGUUUGUUAAACUUUAAAGCACUGAAUCACACUGGCUUAUCAUUUUGCACAUUGAUCAAAGGUCAUUGAGUGCUCGUGAUUUUUGAAAUUUAUUCUUUGAGAGUCAUUCAGGCAUUUAGAGAUCUCCACAAAGCGCAAUUUUUGUAUGGCUCAUGGGUUGUUAUGAAACAACAGCAUUUGGAAUCCUUUGGGUGUAAUUUAGAUUUAUAUUUUGCAGCAAAAGUGAUUGAACAUCGCUCUCCACAGCAAGGUGUAGCAACAUCUUCCACUGUCUUCGGUUUAGUCAUGCCCCAAGGGUCUGCUUAGUCAUGUGCCAGCCAGCAUUGGAAAGAGUGGAAGGCCAAGUGAUUCACUGAGUAAACGACUUCGGCCAAGGCUGCAGCGAUAUCAGGCCACAACUCAUAUUAAUCAGAGGCUAGUACAAUGUGCUCCACUUUAUCGGCCAGCGAGUUGCGACAGUGAAAAAUGAGCAAAUGUCACAAGGAUCAUAGGGCUUGGCCCGUUCCACCAUCUGCAUUUCGAUCUGAGUUGAAACUUGGCUCGAAACUGGUUUGGCUCAAAGAAAGCAAAAAUAAUUAAGUGCUUCGAAUGCGGCUUAUCCAUUACUAUUUUUAGUUUUUAAACAAAUCUAGUGCAAACCAACACAAAAACGCAUUAUAUGGGUUAAUGAUCAAGUUCGAUGUUUUUCCACAGAAAUCUUAUAGUUCCCGCACCUUACACUCAAGCAACACUAUUUUCACUUGACUUCAUACCCUGGAGAGCCGCCAAUGCGGCUCUGGAGAAUCGAAUACUUUUCGUGCUAAUCCCUAGUCCAGCUCAGCCAUUUGGGUGCGGCAAUUAAGUCACCAUCAUCACCACCGGCGAGGAGGAUCUUUUUGCAGGGGGAAUGGGGGACAUUGGCGGUGAAGGGGCUCGCGUUUCCAGCGAAGAUCAUUAUUGCCUCGUCGCGGAUGCUGGAUACUGGAUGCUCGAAUCUCGAAUCUGGACGGUGGAUGGUGGAUGCUGAAGAGCAAGACGUCGGCGGCCCCAAAAAAAAAAGUGAGGCAGCCUCCGCGCGGCGGGGCAAACAAGUUAAUGAACCUGCGUCUGGGAUCCUUGGGACACUCGAGUGCGGAGUGGAGGGCAGCCCGUCCAACUAGUUUGGCCCUGGUUUUUCGGCUUUGGUCUGUUUUGAGGAUCGGCCAUGGCCGCGACCGUCGCGCCGCGCCGCGCUGCGCCGAAAUCUGUGGCAUGAAUUCCCUGGAAAUGAUCGAAAUUUCAUUUCAUUGCGGUACGGCCAGCCGAAAUUAAGUUCAACAGCAUUCCACCGGUCAGCGACUGUCUGGGCCCGUCUCUUGGCCAAAAACAAUAUCUUGGUUAGCCGAGCUUAGAAGAAGAGUAGCGCACGUCCUCCUGUACAUCAAUGGACAUCGAUUCUUUGGCCAGCUUGCCUUUUCGGGUGCAGUAUUUAUUAUGCAUCUGUGGAAAUGUAUCUCAUCGUUAGGUUUCGCAGAAAUCGCAGCUCGCAAAUGGUGCGUCUGGGUCACCAUUUUCCCUAGCUCCAUAAACAUACUAGAUUGGGGUCACCACAAACUAAAAAUGCUAAAUACUUGGAUCUAAGUAAGUUGGCAGAUGGCAACGGAUUAAUUUCCUGUCCUGCGACCAAGUUCCUCCAUUAUCCUUGGGAAAGGAGUCAUUGCCCUGUCGCGGCUCACAUUACACAAUUGCAUCGGCGAUCCCGAUCGGACGGUGCUCAAGUUACACAGAACUCCAGUGGCCUACUUCCACUCGAGUGACCCGCAAUGUCCCCGAACAAUACCCUUUGUGCCCAGUCACAUGGCGGUCCAGAGAACAGGAGCAGGAGCAGGAGCUGCGUGCAGCAACCCCAUUAUACCGAUCCUGCCCAGCCAGCCAGCCAGCUAGCCAAAGACAAAGAAACCCAUUUUGUCGCAUUCAAACAGAAAUUAAUGUAAAACAAAACCCAAUCCAAUUCCAAUUCCAAUCCCAUCCAAGAGCUCACUGUUGAGAGGGGAGGGCGGUUGGGGGGAACGCGACCAGCGAGGGCAUUUAAUUUUAUUUUUAUAACUGACCUCGAACUUUUGUGCAAUGUGAUUGAACUGCCUGACGAUAUCUGUGGGCCCUGCUCUGUCCGGCCCCCGUCGCAGUCCCUUUCCGUCAGCGGGACAUGCACUUGGAGAAAUAAUGUAGCAUAC